UUUUAUUAUUUUUGUUUAUGAACGGAAUUUUAAAAUGGCUGCGCCCAUGGUCCUGAUUUUACAAAUUAUAUUUUAGCCAGAAUUUAAUAGACUUAUGUUAGAAAAAUGAGCAACAUUUACAUACAGGAACCUUCAACGAAUGGAAAGGUCCUGCUUAUAACAACAGUUGGGGAUAUAGAUAUUGAACUAUGGUCAAAAGAAGCCCCAAAAGCUGUAAGGAAUUUUGUUCAGUUGUGUAUGGAAGGCUAUUACGAUGGUACUAUUUUCCACAGAGUGAUUCGAGAUUUCAUAGUUCAGGGGGGUGACCCUACAGGGUCUGGUCAUGGGGGAGAGAGCAUAUAUGGCAAACCAUUUAAAGAUGAACUUCAUCAAAGACUCAGAUUUGUUCGAAGAGGAUUGGUUGCCAUGGCAAAUGCUGGACCGAAUGAUAAUGGAAGCCAGUUUUUCUUUACAAUGGGUUCUACACCAGAACUUAUGAAUAAACAUACUAUCUUUGGUAAGGUAUCUGGUAACACUGUCUACAAUAUGCUCAAGUUACAGGAAUGUGAGACUGGCCCAGAAGAUAGACCCCUUUAUCCAAAUAAAAUUGUCAAAACUCAGGUUCUGGCCAACCCGUUUGAUGAUAUAAUUCCAAGGGUCAUAAAGAGGUCAAAGAAAGAUUCUGAUCUAGAUAAGAAACCAAGGAGUAAAUCAAAAGCAACCAAGAAUUUCAAGUUGCUGUCAUUUGGAGAAGAAGCUGAGGAAGAUGAAGAACAAGUUACCAAAGUUUCUGAGAAAACCAUUAAGUCAGCUGCCUAUGCAAUAUUUACAUAUGAUAUAAUUUUACAGGAUUCUGAAGAGGAAAAGGAGAGAGAAGAAAGGAGGGAAAAUAUCAAGAAAAAAUUAAAAAGAGAACCACCAGAGAAAAAUAUUAUUGUGAAACAAAAUAGACAGUCACCAGAAAGUGUUUCAAGUAGACCACCAGAGAUGACUGGUCAGAUAGACUCAACAGAGCAGGCUCUGAUUACAGGCACAAAACCAGUCCAACCAUUUGAAAUACCUUCACAAGCCAUUACAAUUGAAGAAAAACCCUCUAAUAGAAGUGAUGAACUGAGGCAGGAAGCUAAAGCAUUAAAGAAGGAAAUUCGUGAAUCAAAGAAAAGAGAGCAACAAAGAAAAAUGGAAGUGAAGCCAGACAUUGUAGAAGAAGAAGCAGCACCAGCUAGUAACGAUCCUUUGGCAGACUUUAAACGUGAACGCCUCAAGUACAAGGCAUUGAGGAAGGAACAAGGCAAGAAAGGUGCCAAUAGGGAGGAAGUCACUUUAUCUAUAUUAAAUAAGUUUAAAUCAAAGUUAGAAGGAACACGUAAAGUUGUGGGUGGUUAUUCUGAUGAUGAGGAAAAAGAAGAGGAUAAUGAAGAUGAAGUCACUGAUCUAUCAUGGAUGAGUCAUAAGCUACAGUUUGAAGAUGACAGUAAGAAGAAAGUACUGGAUGCCAAUGUUCACGAUGUAGAUAGAUACGAGAUUCACGAUCCUCGUAAUCCACUGACGAAACGGCGGAGAGAGGAGAGUAAACAAAAAAUGAGAGACCGACGAUAACAUUUGAUUUUUUAGCAAAAAAAGGGAUGAUGUGUUAAAAAUGAAAUGCACACAAUAUUUAGAAGAUCUUUGACAUUAGAGAGAUUUUUUGAAAAGUGCCAGCUUCAUUACACAAUUUAACAGAAGAUGAAGAAAGUUUUAGAUAACUACACAAGAAAAUUACAAGAACUCAGACAUUAAAAUUUUUUUAUAUAUUUUUUAGUAAACAGUUUUAAAUUUCAUUAUUCAAGUGAAGUUAGAAAAAACAGUUUUUGUUACUGGUUGUAAUUUAUAGAAGGUUUGUCUUUGUUAAAGAGAAAGUGUCUCACACUAUAAGUAACAUGUACUGGAAAGCUGAAAAUAAGAUAAGUAUUUAAGGAUGUCAAGAAAGGGUACCAGUAACAAAGAAGUAUUUUAGGACGGUAACUGUUCUAACAGACAUUCAGAAAACUUAAAACAUUUGAUAAAAAUUAAAUUUAAAAACAUGUUCACUUUAUCAUCUUUCCUGUGUCUAUGGUAGAGAUGGCUAAAAUUUUAAUUUGAAACAGCCCAAAUUUAAGUACAUAUACAUAUGAGCCGCGUCAUGACAAAACCAACAUAGUGAGUUUGCGACCAGCAUGGAUCCAGACCAGCCUGCACAUCCGCGCAGUCUGAUCAGGAUCCAUGCUGUUCGCUAUCAGUUUCUAUACUUGUAAUAGGGUUGGUAAGCGAACAGCAUGGAUCCUGAUCAGACUGCGCGGAUGCGCAGGCUGGUCUUGAUCCAUACUGGUUGCAAACCAAUUGUGUUGGUUUUGUCCUGGUGCGGCUCAUAUAUAUAAUAAUGUGUAUAACAAUAAUAACAUUUGUGUUAUACUCUGUUUAUUAUGAUUAGGCAAACACUUGCACAGAGAUUGUUAGAAGAAUGUAUUGAUGAGUUUUAAGUGAAGUCUUCAUUUGAACAUUUAAUAUUAAUGAAAUUCUUUCAACAUGUACAGUGACUUCUUGUUUUGUUAUGAAAUACAGAUUGUAGUAUUAUGUUAAAAUGUCACACCAAGUGUGGAUUAAUCUCAUAUUGUCUAUGUAAAUACCAUACCAUAUAUCACAAAUCAUGUCUGAAUACUUGUAUAUGAUAAUUAUUGUCUACCUUUUAUUGUGUACUGAAUUUAGAUGUGGCUGUUAUAAGAUAGGUAUGUUUGAUGAGAUUCUGAAAGUUACUGUGUCAUUCAUACUUGGUGUAUUCAAAGAAGAAUUGAAAAAGUUUAGGAAGAAUUUUGAUGAUUGGAUAUAUCUGCAAAAGAUAUAGAUGAUACAGCUUUCAUUAACCUUCCAUUAACAUCUUUAUGAUCUGAUAUAUAUGAUAUACAUGUAUUUUGUAAUUUUUAGCUCGACUAUUCGAAGAAUAUGAGAGCUAUUGUAGUCGCCCCGGCGUCGGCGUCAGCGUCCGCGUCGGCGUCUGCGUUGGUUAAAGUUUUUUGUAAAGUCAAAUAUCUCAAUUAUUACUUGAGAUAUUCAAUUGAAACUUACAAUACUUAUUUAUAGUAACAAGGUACAUCAGAUUGACAAGUUGGAUAACUCUGCCUACAAUAUUGACAGAAUUAUGCCCCUUUUUAACUUAGAAAUUUUGGUUAAAGUUUUUUGUAAAGUCAAAUAUCUCAAUUAUUACUUGAGAUAUUCAAUUGAAACUUACAAUACUUAUUUAUAGUAACAAGGUACAUCAGAUUGACAAGUUGGAUAACUCUGCCUACAAUAUUGACAGAAUUAUGCCCCUUUUUAACUUAGAAAUUUUGGUUAAAGUUUUUUGUAAAGUCAAAUAUCUCAAUUAUUGCUUGAGAUAUUCAAUUGAAACUUACAAUACUUAUUUAUAGUAACAAGGUACAUCAGAUUGACAAGUUGGAUAACUCUGCUUACAAUAUUGACAGAAUUAUGCCCCUUUUUAACUUAGAAAUUUUGGUUAAAGUUUUUUGUAAAGUCAAAUAUCUCUAUUAUUGCUUGAGAUAUUCAAUUGAAACUUACAAUACUUAUUUAUAGUAACAAGGUACAUCAGAUUGACAAGUUGGAUAACUCUGCCUACAAUAUUGAUAAAAUUAUGCUCCUUUGGAACUUAGAAUUUUGGUUAAAGUUUUUUUGUAAAGUCAAAUAUCUCAAUUAUUGCUUGAGAUAUUCAAUUGAAAUCUAAAAUACUUUUUUAUAGUAACAAUGUACAUCAGUUUGCAAAAUUGCAUAACUCUGCCUGCAAUAUUUGCAGAAUUAUUUGCCCCUUUGAAACUUAGAAAUUUUGGUUGAGGUUAAAGGUCUUCAAAGAUAUUUACUUGAAACUUUACACAUGCACUUAGGGUCAUAAUUGGAGGGUCAUAAUUGUAUGUCACUGACCAAGUUCCAUAACUCUAUCUUGCAUUAAGGCUGAUUCAUAUCCCCUUUUCUACUAAGUAUCUUGGUUAAUGUUUACAUGCAAGUUUUACAUAUCUCAAUAACUAUUACAGAUAUUUAUUUAAAACUUCACAUAUGCAUUUAGGGUCAUAAUUGUAGGUCACUGACAAAGAUCCAUAAUUCUAUCUUGCAUUUAGGCUGAUUUUUCUCCCCUUUUUCAACUUAGAAAUUCAUGGUAAAGUUUUUGUUUGUAAGCUGUUAUCUCAAUAACUACUGAAGGGUUUGUGCCUUUUUUGGGACAAUUUUAUGCAUUCAUAAUAAUAAAGCAGUGAUUUACUUGAUAAAACAUCUUAAUAACAAGCCUUUGUACCUUGUCUGUCAAAUUUAUGUAAUCUGAUAGGUAAUUAGUAUUAUUAUACUCAAUAAAACACCCUUGUGACAUUACCUUCCGAAUAGUCAAGCCAAUACUGUAUAAUUAGACUCUCUGUAAGGCCUAUAACAUGAAUUUAUAAAAAAAAUUUGCCCUUUUGUGAACUUAAAAAAAUUAACAUUAUCAAGGCUCUUUUACUAUCAAGCACUAAGAAUAGUCGAGCGUGCUGUCCUACAGACAGCUCUUGUUAUUUGAAAUAGUCAUAGUUUGUAUAAGUGAUUUUACAUGUAUGUCAUGAUGAAAUUUUCUCCUGUACCGUUAUUAGAUUGCUUAUUUUAAUACAAUAAGUAUUGUGCCAUUAUUACUGACUUCACUGUUUUAACAGCUAUCAUCUUUUACUAAUUAUACAUCAGAAAUGAA